UUUGGAAGGGAGGCAAUGCAGACGGGCUGAGCUCAGCCAUGGGAUGGUCUCCUUGGUGAGGGCCCCCAUCUCAGCAGGGGGACUCCGGGCUCCCCGCUUCCUUCCAGGUCAUCAUGAGAUGCCCCCGCUAGUCCACACCACCAUGCUGAGGGCCCCUCCCAGCAGCCUGCGGAGGAACCCAGAGGUUGCCUCACCACACAGCUCCCGUGCUCACAGCCUCUUCGGAGAGUUCCUGACCCCUGAGGUCCCGCAGGAAGACCUGGCUGAUGGUCGGCCCUGGGGGGAUCAUGCCGGGAAGGAGGCCCCAGUGGAAGUGGAUCCCUCGUUUGGCAGCUGGGAGCUCGUGGUGGUGGGCGUGGCUUCCAUCUGUUGGGGCGGGGGGCUCCUCUGCCUCCUGCUCUGGAGGGCUCCUCUUGAGCGCAACUCCAGCCAGCCGCCGCCUGCAGCCUCUCCUCCGUUCCCAAGGACGACUCCUGAAGGGUCCCUGGAGCUCCACCAGGGGGCAGAGCUUCCCGCCCCCUCCGCCUCAGCGGAUGAAGCCCCCCUCCAGAGCCCUGAUCCAGAAGUGGUCACUGUGGGGAAGCUCUCCUUCAGACCCCAGGAGGUGCUGGGCCGGGGGGCCGGGGGCACCUUUGUGUUCCGAGGCCACUUCGAUGGGCGCGACGUGGCCGUGAAGCGUCUGCUUCCGGAAAGCGUCCGGUUGGUGGACCGGGAGGUGCAGCUGCUGCGAGAAUCGGACGCGCAUCCCAAUGUGGUGCGCUAUUUCUGCACAGAGGUCGAUGGGCAGUUCCACUACAUCGCCCUGGAGCUGUGCUCUGCCACCCUGCAGCAGUACGUGGAGAGCUCCGUCUUCCCUGGAAAGGGCAUGGAUUCGCUCUCCCUGCUGACCCAGACCAUGUCCGGACUGGCCCACCUGCACUCGCUCAGCAUAGCUCAUCGUGACCUGAAGCCCUGCAACAUCCUGAUCUCGGCCCCCGACGGGCAAGGGAGGCUCCGAGCGGUCAUCUCCGACUUUGGCCUGUGCAAGAAGCUGCAGGGGGGGCAUCAGAGCUUCAGCCUCGGCUCGGGCAUCCCUGGCACGGAGGGGUGGAUUGCGCCCGAGAUGCUCAGGGAGGACGCACAGGAGAGCCCAACCUGCGGGGUGGACAUCUUCUCCGCCGGCUGCAUCUUCUACUACGUCCUGUCCCACGGGCAGCAUCCCUUUGGGCACAGCUUCCAUCGCCAGGCCAACAUUCUGGCGGGCACCUACCAACUGCUGAGGCUCCAGCAGGACACUCACAGCCACCUAGUAGGGCGGGACCUGAUAGAAGCCAUGAUCAGCAGUGACCCCCGCCUGCGCCCCUCGGCCGCACAGGUGCUCCAGCACCCCUUCUUCUGGGGACCCGAGAAGCAGCUGCAGUUCUUCCAGGACGUCAGUGACCGCCUUGAAAAGGAGCCGGCAGACGGGCCCCUGGUCAGCGCCCUGGAGGCCGGGAGCCUGGCGGUGGGGCGCGGGAACUGGCAGCUGCGCCUUUCUGCCCCACUGCAGGCAGACCUCAGGAAGUUCCGGAGAUACCAGGGCAGCUCCGUCCGUGACCUGCUGCGCGCCAUGAGGAACAAGAAGCAUCACUACUACGAACUACCCAGCAACGUCCAGCAGGCCCUGGGCAGCCUCCCCCACGGAUUCGUCCAGUACUUCCUGGACCGUUUUCCCUGCCUGCUGCUGCACACUCACCGGGCCAUGCGCCUGUGCGCGGCCGAGCGGCUCUUCCAGCGAUACUACUGCCAGGGGGAGUGAGCACCUUGCCACAAGAAAGGACGCUCGCCAGCCCCCGCCUUCCGACACCUGUCAGCCCGCCUGCCCUGCUCUGGAGGGACCAACCAGCACACGGCAUCCACGCCCCGCCUGCUCCCUGGGGAGAGGUGUUCGUGCGGGGGGGGGGGCAAAGCUAAUUCCUGGGGCUUCCGGGAGGCCUCAGGCAGAGGAGAGCAGAGGGGGAGCUGGGGAGGGGUAGGGGGGGGCUUCCCCUGAGGAUCUGCUGCCUUCCCUUCAAUUCUCUCCCGAAGAGAGUGGGGGGUGCAUCAACUGGCCCCGUGGGCUGCACUGCCGAUGCACUGUGGCGCCUUGCGUAACCAGCAACCUUUUGUUGAGCCGGCUGUGGACAUUGUAGGGAAGGGAGUCUCCUCUAAAGGCAGCCAGAGGAGGUCAGGCUGGGCUCUGCCACCCCCCCUCCUUCAUCCCCUGCCCCGUGGCAUUUUAUUCCCAGGCUCAUCAUGAGUGUGGAAGCAUCUCCCGUUGCCUUGGAAACCUUCUGGAGUGGGAGGGGCUUAGUAGCAGAAAGCUGUAAAUCGACUGCUUAAAAAAAAAAGUCUUCUGUAUAAAGCGGCAUCUAGAAAGGAAGGAAGGAAGCAGGACGCCAGGUGUGCUGGAUGGGGGGCAUCAGGAAGGGGGGCAUUUUCUGCAGCCAGGAAGGAUCCGGGCUGUUCAGCAGCGGGAGGGAGGGAGGGACGGCCGGGCAGGGGCUCCCCGUCAGCCAAAGGUGUGGUCAGCCUUUAUUACUUGGAACCUGACAGUUGCGCUGAGAAGGAAAUUUGGGGGAAUCAGAUGUGAGGUGACAUGUCAUAACUGCCUUUCAAUUCACUGCACUUACACAGAAGUCCAAGCAUGGCCUUACUUUAGCCACCAUGUGAUGUACUAGACAGAAUUAGACCAAACUUGAACGUGAACAGCAGUAUCAGACUGUUAUUUUUUUAAUCAGAUAAUUUUAAUGGAUUGUGGA